AUGCCGUUGGAGAGGGGAGAGAGUUCUAGUUUCACCCAGAUGACAUUUUUCAAGCUCAUGAAUUCUCUAGAGAAGAAGAUCAAAGAGAACAAAGAAAAUUUCGAGGCCCUGGGUAAUUUCGAGCACGCGUGGCCAAUGAUCCCGAUCAUAAAAAGAGUCCCCAAUAUGCUUCGUGAAGAAAAUGAGAAAGCUUACACCCCUAGUGUUGUAUCCAUUGGGCCUCUUCACUGCGAAGACGAAAAUCUACAAGCAAUGAAGGCAGACAAACUAAGCUACAUGCUUUUCCUGUUCCGACGAGCGGGAAAAGAUUCCGAGCAGAAAAAGAGAGAAGAUUGCGCGGAAGCUACGUUAAAGAUGAAAAGUACUUUCACGAAAUGCUAUGCGGACCACUUGGCGAAGCUGGACGAGAACGUGAUCAUCAACCUUGCGGAAAUGAUGCUGAUCGAUGGUUGCUUCAUUAUCGAACUUCUGUACAGGCAUUACAAGAGGGAAAAAGACCCCAUCUUGCAGGAUCCUUUCCGGUACAAUGCAAUCCGGCGUGACUUGCUCCUACUCGAGAACCAGAUUCCGUUUAGUGUUCUUGAAAAACUGUUCAGCUUGAUGGUGCAAGGUAAUCCCUCUCCUACGCUUAUCGAAUGCCUCCUUUCGUUCUUUGGUGAUAUCAUGGGCUUAGAAGAUGGAAACAUAACCAAAAACAAGAACACUCCCCCUCCUUUGCAUAUACUCCAUCUCUUCCACAUUUGCUACCAGCCUGAGCAGCAUCCUGCUGUGGAUGCAUCCUCUCGUCUAGAUCAUCCGCCCAGUACUUCAUCUGACCACGAAUGGCAAGCCACAAGACGUGAAGGUUUAGCAACGCAACCUGCCAUCCAAAGAGUCCUAAGAGCAACUUUUUGUCAGUUCGGUUUCUCACUCACUUGCUACAAAAAGCAGCCUCGUGAAGAUGAUGGAUCUCACCAAGAGCAAUGGGACAACAAAUUGGCGCAACCCGGAUACGAAGGUACAGCAACACAGCUCGACAUUGCUGGAAUCAAGCUGCGGAAACGAACAAAAACAAACCUCUUUGAUGUGGAGUUUAGACCUCAGGAUAGUUGUUUUUAUUUUUGGAGAGGUUGUCUAGAAAUCCCAAGUUUCUCCGUCUAUAAUUUCACAGAGUCAUUCUUGAGGAACCUCAUCGCUUUCGAGCAAUGUUGCCCUUGGUUUGAAAGUUUCUUCACGUCGCACGCUUUCCUUAUGGAUAUCCUCAUAGACUCGGUGGAGGACGUUAAAUUGCUUGAGAAAGAAGGAAUCAUAUGUAACCAUUUGGGUUCGAGUGAAUCGGUGGUGCAAAUCUUCAAUGGCAUUUGCAAGAAUGCUAUUCCACAACAUUUUCAUUACCGUAAGGAGUGGAGGAAGAUGAAGCGUUGCUGCACCUCUUGGCGGGAACAAUUGGGUACAGUGACCCGGAAUUGUGCCGGUAAUCUAUGGAUAGUGUUAUCAGUGAUUGGUGCGCUUGUCCUUUUUGUUCUCACCCUUUUGCAGACCAUCUACGCUAUCGGUCCUUAA